GUCUGGUUCAUCCUUCAUAUCUCUUCUCAACCGUCCUGUGCGCUGUACCCACAUAUCUAAGCAUCUAGGCGCCACACGGCACGCAGCACCCCAUGGCGAGCGUGGCAAGCAGCUCCGCUACCAGCAGCAUCGCGUCAGCCUCCACACUAUCAGCGUUGACGCCCGCCUUCACGAUGGUGCCGAGUUCCGUUCGCCGACGUGCCGCCAACGGCCCAGCACCCACCACCGACCAGGACGCAUCAGGCCAACGCAAACGUCGCCCCCGGCCUCGUCACCGCAAAAAGAAAGACUCUGCUCCUCCACUAGAACAAAACGAAGCGGAGACUGCAGCAGAAGAGAAAACGAAGCCCAAGCGACGGCAGAGACCUACCAAAAAGAAUUCUGCUGCUCAAGACGCGGCGGCUUCUACCUCGACACCCGAAGAGGAUGACGAGCCCGAGUAUUGUAUACUAUGUGCCGAUCCCAUUAGGUUCUUCACUGUGGGUGAAUGCAACCACCACGGUAUCUGCAGCAAGUGCUCCAUGCGCAUGCGACUCAUUAUGGACGAUCGCAACUGUCCCAUGUGCAAGCAGCCACUGGACCGCGUGGUGGUCAGCAGUAUUUCGCGUCCGUAUGAGAGUUUCGAGCUCUGGGGCGACGCAGCUGGACCAGAGUCGGUGCUGGAUGAGCCCUCCGAGAUGAUCUUUGUAGACUGCAAAGCGCACUACUAUGAGCUGCGCAGUCUGCGAGAGUUCAAGUGCAGGAUGAAGCGCUGUCGCGAGCUGAAGCACUCGCUGGGUCAGUUGAAGGAACAUCUACGCCAUGACCACGGGGUGGAGUUCUGUGAGCUGUGCUUGAAUCACCAGUCGUUCUUUAUUCAGGAGCAGGAGGUGUUUACCAAGGGUGCUCUCAAGGGACACAAUAUUGGACGUAGUCGAGGAGGACCCGCGGGGCAGAAACAUGCCAACACGGGCAAAGACUUCCAUCCGAUGUGCCAGUUCUGUCGGAAACGAUUCUACGGAGACAAAGAGCUGUAUGAACAUCUGGAACGCGACCACUUCAAGUGCCAUAUCUGCAAGGUGGAGAACGAGUACUUCCGCAACUAUGCAAGUUUGGAAACGCAUUUCCGUCGAGAGCACCAUUUGUGUGAGGACCGAAGAUGUCUUGAGAUGCGCUUCGUUGUUUUCCCCAACGAUGUUGAGUACCAAGCGCAUAUGAGCUCCGUUCACGGCGUUCACAAUCGGCUACAAUUCAAUUUUCAAGUCGCACGGGGUGGCGGUAACCCUGUUAGUGGGCCGAUCAAUCCCGGUUACGCCGAUGGAGUGCCAGAUCAUUGGAACUACGGUGUCAGUGACCAUCCACCGUCACCUCCAGUUCGACUCGAGGAAGCGUUCCCGGCGCUGCCGACGCCUGUUGGCCCUGCGCCGGCUCCAGUGCUGAGACCAGCUAUUACUCGGCCAUCAAGUAGCCACACGCCUUCAGCUAGACAGAUUCCCACUCCGCCUCGAGGCCAAAUAAUGCGCAACCAGAGACUGGCUCAAGCUCUUGGAGUUAAUCGACCAGGACUUGCUAGUGGAGAUACCGCCGCUUUUGAGGAAGAGAUGAAGACUCCCAACUACUCGGACGAUUUGGUUGCCUGGGGUAAGACCAAUACAAGCUACCUUACGGUGGUUGAACGUCGACUGGAGCGCAUCGUACAGGAGCCGUCAUGCCAUAGCGUCAGUCUGCGAGUGAUGACGGGAGAAGAGGUGCGUUUAGCUGAAGAUUGUAUUGAUUGAACUCUUAACUUAACGUGUGGUUCCUUCUUACAGCGUGCUCUAAUGCACCAGUUGGCUUCGUUUUACGGCGUGGUGUCGGAAUCGUUUGGCGAAGAUCCGCACCGUCGUAUUUCUUUCUUCAAGCGCGAGGAUGCGCGUGUACCCAGCGUGACGUUGUCUGCGCACAUUAGCAAUCUGAACAAGCAGGCGCGUGCGGCUCAAGCUUCGAGUCGACUGAAGUUCCUCCCGAUGCGUGGCAGUACACCUCCUCAGCAGACUGCACCGGUGCCAGCUAGACCUCCUGUUCCUGUCAACCGUGGCUGGGAGCACAUCGAACCUCGUCGCGCCCCAGUUGUUGCCGAUGCUUGGAGUGACGACGAAGACGAAUGUGCUACUGAAGAAGAGGGCACUGCAGACAGCGCCGAUUCACAGGAGCACAACGAGAAGGAAGAAGAGAAGUCGUCGCCAGUAACUGCGAGUGUUGCGGAAAGCAGCCAUAACCACCAAGACUCGGUUGAAACAGAGGCUCUCAAAGCGAAAGUUGCCGCAAUCAAGUUAGAUGAAGAAGAAUGGGAAUAGGCUGGUUCGGAUAUGUGUUAAGCUGUCACUUAAUAAGAACGAGGUGCCAAGUUAUCACUAACUGUUGGUUACACGGUAAACAAUGUAGCCGCUUGCUACCGAGAUGACGCCAACAACUAUCAGCA